GUUAAACUCAGUUCGUGCUCAAAAGUUUUUACCUAUUUUUUUUUCUCUUCUUCAACAAAUUUCUUUGAGAGAGAAAAGACAGCAGAAAGAGUGAUUUUGCAGAAGACUUUCGGUCGAUUUUUCUCGCUGGAAAAGUUCUCUUGGUUUUGUUUUCUAUUUGGCAAGGACGAAGAAGAGGAAAUCCUCCGCAACACUUUGGCACGUGGCGCAGGAUCAAAAGCAAUCCAUGUAGAGUUUCGUUCGUAGCUUUUGUAGGUCUGAUUCUUAAAAUAUAGUAUUCAAAUUGUUGAAGUUAUGGAAAAAUUACUAGUGCUUCUUGUAACACUUCUUGCACUUUCAAUUUCUAAUGCGUCGAGCGCUCGCGUGAAGCGGCAAUCAGAGGAUUCCACGAAGAAGGAAGAGUCCUUCGAGCAGGAAUUGUGCAAGGACAAAGACGCUGGAGAGUGGUUCCGUCUUGUCGCUGGCGAAGGUGACAAUUGCCGCGAUGUCAUUCAAUGCACGUCGUCUGGUCUUCAAGCCAUUCGCUGCCCGGCCGGUCUCUACUUCGAUAUUGAGAAACAGACGUGCGACUGGAAAGAUGCCGUGAAGAAUUGCAAGCUGAAGAACAAGGAGCGCAAGGUGAAGCCCUUGCUGCACACAGACGAGCCACUGUGCCAAGAAGGCUUCCUGGCAUGCGGCGAUGGCAACUGCAUCGAGCGCGGGCUGUUCUGCAACGGCGAGAAGGACUGCUCGGACGGAUCUGACGAGAACAGCUGCGACAUCGACAAUGACCCCAACAGGGCGCCGCCUUGUGAUCCCGCCGUGUGCGUUCUGCCCGAUUGCUUCUGCUCUGAGGACGGCACGACAAUUCCCGGCAAUCUCCCCGCCAAGGAUGUCCCAAUGAUGAUCACCGUCACUUUCGACGACGCCAUCAACAACAACAACAUCGACCUGUACAAGGAGAUGUUCAAUGGAAAGCGCAAGAAUCCCAAUGGAUGCGACAUCAAAGCCACUUUCUUCGUGUCCCACAAAUACACCAAUUACUCCGCCGUGCAGGAAACCCACAGAAAGGGGCACGAGAUUGCAGUUCACUCCAUCACCCACAAUGACGACGAGAGGUUCUGGUCGAACGCCACUGUGGACGAUUGGGCGAAGGAAAUGGCCGGCAUGAGGAUUAUCAUUGAGAAGUAUGCCAAUAUCACCGACAAUUCCGUCGUGGGCGUGCGCGCGCCGUACCUGCGCGUCGGCGGCAACAAUCAGUUCACGAUGAUGGAGGAGCAGGCCUUCCUGUACGACUCCACGAUCACCGCGCCGCUGUCCAAUCCGCCGCUCUGGCCAUACACCAUGUACUUCCGCAUGCCGCACCGCUGCCACGGCAAUCUGCAGAGCUGCCCCACGCGUUCGCACGCCGUCUGGGAGAUGGUGAUGAAUGAGCUGGACCGCCGCGAGGAUCCCGGCAACGACGAGUACCUGCCCGGCUGCGCCAUGGUGGACUCCUGCUCCAACAUCCUCACCGGCGACCAAUUCUACAACUUCCUGAAUCACAACUUCGAUCGCCACUACGAGCAGAAUCGCGCGCCGCUUGGGCUGUACUUCCACGCUGCCUGGCUGAAGAACAAUCCCGAGUUCCUGGACGCCUUCCUGUACUGGGUCGACGAGACAUUGACCAAUCACAAUGACGUGUACUUCGUCACCAUGACGCAGGUAAUCCAGUGGAUCCAGAAUCCGCGCUCCAUCAAUGAGCUGAAGAGCUUCGAGCCAUGGAGGGAAAAGUGCACCGUCGAGGGGACUCCCGCCUGUUGGGUGCCGCACACGUGCAAGCUCACAUCCAAAGAAGUGCCCGGAGAGACCAUCAACCUGCAAACGUGCGUACGCUGUCCCAACAACUACCCGUGGAUCAACGAUCCCACCGGGGAUGGCUUCUUCUAAGUCAAAGACAGUGUGUGUCUGACCUCAUGCUCUUCGUAAUACUUUCCUCUUCGCGCCACAAGUAUUACUUUCACUUCGCUCUUACACGCACACACACACUCCUCUCUCUCUCUCUCUCUCCUUUUUGUGAAUGAUAUCCCGCGGAUGAGAUUGCGAGAUUCGAAAUAAAAUUAAACACUCUUGCUACAAAAGUUCCCUCUAACAAUAUGAUGUCGCGAUGCUGCUGGAAAUAUGUUGCUGAAUUUUUUGCUAUAUAAUGACUUCUCUUGGUGACAUCUUUCUCUCUGGCUGUGUGGAAAAAAAAAUUUCACCUUCAUCGAACACCAAUUCAUGGACAGAUUUUUCACUUUUUGUCUCGCCAAGUCCAAUAACCAUAAUUUCAUACCCAUAUCCAACACCGUUCAGUACAGGUUUUCGCAUAUUACAGCGUUUGUUGGUCGUGGAAAGUAUAAAUUUCACAUAUAUUUGCUCACAACACAGAAUUGGGAAAGGAAUUAAAUGGCAAUCAAUAUGAAGACAUGCUGUUCGGCACGCAUUUUUUCCCUUCAAAUUUGCCAAUCACACGAGAGCAAAGUGAUUUAGAGGGUAUGAUUUGUCAUAAGCGAUAUUUUAGGAAAACAUCUCCUGUAAAUACUCCUAAUGAUACUUUUCCGCCCUUUGUUUGAAAAAUGUAUCUUCUAUAGAUGUUCUUCUCUUAAUUACACACCGUUUUGUACACCCUUCGAAAUGACAACAAUUUAAUUUGUAUAACUCCUUCUUUUAGGCAUUUAUUAUUAUUUUAUUUUGAUAAUAUCAAUAAAUUCGAUGUGGAAUUGACUUUGUAAAGAGAAUUGAUAAAUGUAAUUUUUUUGAUAAAGAAAAGUGAAAUUAUAUAAAAGUAUACUUGAAAUGAAAAAGAAAUAAAUAAGAAAUAUACCAACAUUA